AUGGAAGUAUCAGUGCCUGAUGUAGAAUCCUACUGUACUUCAAGAGAGAAGGAAGCGAGUGUGGGAGCUGACAAAAUAAACAGGGGAGAAACCAAUGAUGAGUCAACUGCAAAUAAUGAAAGUGGUGUGUGCAGUGACAAUGAUAACAACGAUAGUGAUAUUCAAGACAGUGAUCCACUUACCAACAACGAGCUCAGUGAUGGAGCAUCGACUGAAUUUCAGACAUCUUUGUUGAAGGAAUUUGGCCAAGGUCCAACAGUAGUUUUACAAUUAGCCCAGAGGAUAAAAAACCAAAUAGGACAUAAGAUAUAUUUUGACAAUUUCUUUUCUUCGUACAAGCUUUUCCAAGCGUUGAAACAAGAAAAAAUUUGUGCUGCUGGAACUGUCAGAGUUAAUCGUUCUGCAAAUCCUCCUCUAAUACCAGAUAAGGAGUUUUACUGGAAAGGAGAAAUUGACAAAGGUGAACGCUGGGACAAAAAAGAAAGUAAAGAUGUUACUAACGAUCGACCAGAGAUUGUAAAAUGCUACAACCACGGCAUGGGAGGAGUUGAUCUUUUUGAUCAAUUGAUGUCACACUACAGAAUUUUUAUAAAGUCAAAGAAAUGGACACUCAGAGCUAUUUUCCACGCUGUAGGUUUUGCUGUGGUACUGAGCUGGCUCGAAUACAGGAAAAGUGUCAAUGCAGUUGGUCUACCAACGAAGAAAAUAAGGGAUCUCCUACACUUCCGUAUGGAGCUGGCUGAUGCUCUAGUGUUAAGUGGGAUGGAUACCUCGAAAAGAAAACGAGGCCGACCAUCUGCCACACCUCCAGAUACACCUGUUCAAAUACAACGAGGAGAAACUGGGCCUCCUGAAGAGAUUCAGUAUGAUGGAACACAACACUUGCCUCUUCAUGAAAGUGGUGCACUGCCUACCAGGUGCAAAUUUCCGCGAUGA